AUGCUUCAAAGAAAUGUUCCUUUGCAAAUCAAGGAAUAUUACCUCAAGAAGCAUACACCAAGAACUCAGAAACAAUAUGUGAUGGCUAAUUCUACUGACAAACGUGAUACAAUCAUGCCUGAUGUUUUAGAAACUAAUAAGUUUGUGACCGCAAGGGCACUUAGUUUUAUUAACCAUUCUACAGGAUGCUUGCUUGAAUUGAAAGCAUUUGACCCAGAAAAGGUCACACUGAUUGAGAUUUUUCAUGCGAUUCUGCUUGGUAUUGCAAAAUACUUAAGCAGUGAAUUAGUAAAGAAAAUUCUCAAGAUGAACCCUGAAAAACUGAAGAGAUUGGCCAAUAGUCUGAAGGAACAUGUUAUCUCAACUGGACUUUCUCACAAGUUUAUCCGACUCUUAAAACACUCUGAAGCUUUUCUUGGCCUAGACUUUAAGAUGCUACUGCAGAUUUUUGCUGUUGCUCUACUUAGAGACUUUUCUGAUGAUCAGAUAAUUGGAACAAUUUUGCCUUGCUUUGUUGACAGUGCUGUGAACACAUUGACUGCCAAGCUUCAUGCCUUUGAUGAGGCAAAUGUGGACAGCCCAAAGCACACAUCUUUAUGUAACAAGCCAAAAGCCCACAAAAUGACCCAUUUGACGGAAGAUAUUAGACGAUUUGGACCUGCCCUCAACUUUGAAAUGGAAAAAGACAAUCAGUUUAACAAACAUAUUUGCGAGCAUCUGAUUUACACCAAUUGA